AUGACCAAUGGAGUCCACGCGAUUACAUCGCGUUACUUCGCUCUCAGGUCGAUUGUCUAUGACAUCGUGAGUCAAUCGCAGUCGCUAUUCCUCUCUUUCAAAUUGGAUGGUCCAACUGCACAGGUGAACAAGCUGGUUUCGGCACUUGGAACAACUGUAGCCCUCAAUGACGCAUGGAUUCUUUUGCUGCAGAAAUUUUGGUAUCCGCGGACAUUAGCACAUGCUGGUCAACCUGGCCAUAUCGAAUUGGAAGACAGUGCCAAGAUGCCAGGAAAGGUCAAGCCGAGCAUGAGCGAGGCCAAAACACUUUGCACUCGAGCAAAGGUGAAUGCAAUCGGUCUGCAAUUACCUUUGAACCAGCCUGAGAUUAGUGCGCAAUAG